AUGCUGGUGGACAGCAAGGGUCUCAUGAGGCAGCAGUGGGCCCUGACACGCUUCACCCUGGUGCUCUCCGUGCCCCCCCAGUAUCCCAGCAAAGCUCCGGACAUCUCGAUCAGGAACCCACGGGGGCUGUCAGAUGAGCAAAUUCAGAAGAUUUCCCAGACCCUCAGAAGUGUUGCUGAAGCCAGGCUGGGGACAGAGGUGCUCUACGAGCUGAUUGAGAAGGGGAAGGAGAUUCUCACUGACAACAACAUUCCUCAUGGCCAGUGUGUGAUCUGCCUUUAUGGAUUCCAGGAAAGAGAAGCCUUCACUAAGACCCAGUGCUACCACUACUUCCACUCCCACUGCCUGGCCCGCUAUGCCCAGCACAUGGAGGAGGAGAUCCUCAUGCAGCAGGAGGAGAGAGAGCAGCACCUGGCACCAUCCCCGAAACGGGAAGUGGGUGUGCAGUGCCCUGUGUGCCGGGAGACCCUGGUCUACGAUCUCUGUGCUCUGAAGGCAGCGCCGCCCCCGCAGCACCCGCUGGAGCCGUACAGGCCGGACGCCAAGACGCUGCAGCACCAGGAGGAACUGCGCUUGAUUUUCAAGAGACAGCAAGAGAAAGGGGGCAUCAUUGACCCUGAGGCAGAGAGGAACCGCUACUUCAUCAGCCUCCAGGCGCCUCCAGCUGCUGUUGACCCAGGCCAAGCAGCCACUGCCCCCGAGCUGCCGGGGAGCGUGGGCUCUGCUGGCGGGCCCCCGCCGCCCAGCCCAGCCUCAGCCCCAGAGCCAGCUGGGGCAAAAGAGGCCAGGGCAGAAGCUGGGCAGCCUGAGAAGCCUGCUCUGCCCAGGGAGCAACAGAGCAAGAGGGAGAGGCACAGAGGAGAAAGGCCAGGCCCCAGAGGCCAGGGCAGGCACUCGUGCAGUGGCUUGCAGGAACCAGCAGAGGAAGCCUGUCGUCUUCUCCAUGGCUCCAGGGGGUCCAGGGGCUUCAGCCGGAGACCAGAGCGGAGACCUGGUGGGAGGCACAGCCAGGACUUUCCAAAGCCUCACAGCAGAAGCAGGGUUGCUGCCUCGGCUGAGGGAAAGGAGUUGUGCCCUGAAGACUCCUCACCAGCAAAAGAGGCAGUGGACUUGAAAGAGGAGCACCAUGAUGUGGAAAGAUGGAACCCCGAGGAGGGGGCUGAGGCCCAGGGCAGGGAAAAGGAGAACCUGGCAUUCAACCGCAGUGGCCACAGAGCAGCUCCCAGCUGGCAGGGCCACCACAGGCCCUGGGAUUAUGGGAGGUGGGAGAGGUCCAAGGUCCAGGAGCAUGGUUCCUAUCCCAGAGCACCAAGAGGGCGAGGGGUGUUCAGGCCCAGUGGACAACGAGAAGCCCCUGUCCUUGAGAAGGAGAGUGGCUCCUAG